CAUUGCAAUUGCCAACUGUUGACACACUGAAAGACAAGUGAAAAGUGCUCACAGUAUUUCUCCCAAAAUCUUCCAUAUAUACGUAAGAUUACUAGAUGAUAAUGACUCACAGUGGUGCCGAAGAGGAUGAGUUCAAGGUGUCAGUGCAGAAUUACAAUAAACUAACUGAUAUUCAUCACAAAAGCGGAUUCAAAGACGGGAUCUCGGCCGGCCGGGAACAGAAGUACCAGGAGGGUUUCGACGCGGGAUUCAGAGAUGGAUUUCAUCAUGCCUUCCUGGUGGGGAAGUGCAUGGGCAUGCAAAAAGACACCAGCAAUGCGGAUCUGCUGCUGAAAAAUCCUCAGCUUGGACAUUGUCAGAUUUGCCUGGAUCAGACGCUCCUCAACAAGGAUUUGGACGAGCUGGUGAAGCUCAACUGUGCCCACACGAGGAGGAUUCACGAGAAGAUAGAGGAGAGAUACAAGAAUCCUGCGCCAGAUCCUAGCAAGGAGUGA